AUGGCUCCUCUAAAGAUACAUUGUUUUGUCCAAAUCCGAUGCCAGAACCGGAGCAAACUUACCAGGGCUUCUCAGUGGAAAGAAGCAGUCAUCAAAAUAGUACAAAGGAAACAGAAGUUUAAUCUGGUGGUUGCCUUUAAGUUGGAAGGAAGGAGCAGGGUUUUUCACCUGAAUGAUAAUGUGUCAGGUGUAGUGGUUAGUUGUGGUGAGACAGGAGUACAUGGUCUGAAUUUAAAUUUGAAAGAUGACACCUCCUUACUCAUUGACAAGUUAUCCUCCGUAGAUUUUGAAAGGUUGAAAUCUUUCCUGGAUUUUUUUCAUCCAUCUGAAUCCCAGCACUCUGAGGAGUUUGAGAGUAAUCAGGAUGUUCCUGAAAGCAGUGAUCCAUUUCACAGAAAGCACCAUGAGCCAGUUUCUGGAUCCUUGACUACUACACAAGAAAGGGGUACUUCGCUGCCCAUGAAGAUGCCACUUUUGUGGUCAAAUUCCAGCCACGGUCAUGUUGAAAAAGAGAGAGUAGAAACACAGAACAAAAAUAGGAUGAGAAAAUCAGCAUCUAGUGUUAUAAUGAAUGAGGCCAUUCUUCAAGAAAAUCAUCCUGAACCAGAAAAGAAAUCUAAGACCUCUAACUCCAGGAGUAAAAGAAGCAAAGACGAGAAGCCAAUGGCUUUAAGAGAUCCGGAAAAGAACAACACUGGGAAUCUUGAACCUUCAUUCAACCCCAACACCUGCUGGGGUCCUAACUUAGAUGACACUGUUCUUCCAACACUAACACUGUCUGAUGAAAGAGGAUCAAAGUUUAGCCAGGAGACCCAAACAUAUAAUAACCUCCAGCCUCCUCUUCAGACUUACUGGAAACAACUGAAACGUGAAGGCUUCCCCAAUUUGGGAAAUACCUGUUACAUGAAUUCCAUUUUACAAUCUAUUUUUGGGAUUCCAACGUUUGCAAUGGACUUGCUCGCACAAGGUAUCCCAUGGGAGAAAGUUUCAAAUGAUGAUCUUAUCAAGCCCUUAAGCCGACUCCUUGUUUUAAAAGACAUCCAGGAUAUAGAGAUCAAGGGGGCGAUACUCAUGGAUGUGAAGAAAUCCAUUUCAACAGUUGCAGACACAUUCUCGGGUGAUGAACAGAAUGAUGCCCAUGAAUUUCUAAGUCAGUGUUUAGACCAGUUGAAAUUGAACGUGGAAAAACUAAAUGCCAUGUGGAUCACUGAGAGAGAUAAUGAAGCUGAGAGGUCAUCUCCAUCAACAUAUGCUGGGACUGCCACCAACAAAAGGUUUGUUUGUCCUGUCAGUGCUAAUUUUGAGUUAGAGCUGCAGAGCUCUAUUGUUUGUGAAGCCUGUGGUGACGCUACACUCAACACUGAAGUGAGUAAUUACCUCUCUGUUGACCUGCACCAAGGAACAAGAGAAGAGCCUCUGUCUAUUGAAAAGUCCCUUGAUCUUUUCUUUACACCAGAAAAAAUUGAGCGUAAUUGUGCGAAGUGCAAGAACAAGAAUUCAGUUCUCAGGUACACUUUGAGGAGGCUCCCCAGGGUCCUUAUUGUUCAUCUGAAACGCUACCACUUGACCGCUAAUGGGUUGUUGGUGAAGAGUCAUCAGCCAGUUAAGAUUUCUAAGUAUCUAAAUGUAUCUACCCAGUAUAACGAAAACAAGAAACCACCAUUUCCCUUGACCAGUGAGGUUCCUUUUGAUGACUGUGAUGUCCCAAAUGUCCCUGAAGGGAAUCUGCCUCUCAGCCAGUCAAUACCAUCUGGGAAUGUGAAGAACUAUGAGAAAAUUAAUGUAGAUGAAACAUCAAAUCAUCACACUACCACUGAAAAUUCCAAUGGUUUUUGUGAUCUUAAUAAAGAAACAAUUCUCGAAGACUCUCAAGAAAUGGCUGAACAACUUCUCCCUAAUCAUGGGAAUACAUUCCAUAAGGAAUUCCUUCCUCAGGCAUCACCUCAAAGUGCUAGGGGUACUCAGGAGCACAGAGAGAAAUAUCUGAAUAAGAUUUCAGAAAUGAGAGAUCAGAAAGAUGAUGAAGAUUCCCUUGGUGCAUCAGGGAAUCCUAGAAAUAACAAUGUUCCAGGAAGCUACAACACAGUAGAUGCUGUUGAUGAGUCAAAAAAUGUGGUAUUGAGAGAUGAUCCUCAAAAUUACAGACUUGUUAGUCUUAUCAGCCAUGUUGGGAGCUCGCAAGAUUCAGGUCAUUAUGUAAGCAAUGUUUAUGACUUUCAAAAGCAAGCAUGGCUCCUGUACAGUGAUGUCCAAGUGUUCGAGAUUUCAGAGGCUUUGAUUCAGGAAAAUCAGCCUCAAACUGGAUACAUUUUUUUUUACAUGCAAAAUCAAAUUUUUGAGUGGCUGUUGAAAAACGCAUCAGAGUGCUAG